UCGCAAACACCCCCGCCACCGGGGCGUUGUUCUCUACACUUCAACAACGAGUAGACGUUGCUGAAGUAUUCCUUUUGGACAUCAUAGAACCUAAUCAGACUGGUUAGACAUCACAACAUGGCACACCACGAACAAUACAUGCUGCGGCUCACAGCAGGCGCAACCUACGACCCCACCAAGCACCAAGACGUGCCCGUCAACACGGAGAAGCCAAUCCACAUAUCAUCCGACCUAAUCGACGCGACAGUCAACAUCCGGAUCAAAGACUACCGCGGCCUGCCUAAAAACUCCCCUUCCACAUCCCCUUACUUCGCUACCCCCCAGCACCCCUACGACCGCUACUCCAUCUCCUUCACCUUCACGCCCAAACACGACAUCGCAGGCGACAAGCUCGUUUUCGGAAACGACUUCGACCACCCGAUCCGCGACCGCCUGCCCCCGCUGUUCGACAAAGCAUUCGGCGUGGUGAAGUGGUGGAUCGACCCCGGGCUCGACGGGGACGUGCAAGCCGACGAACCGUAUCUGUACGGCGCACUACUGAGUAGUAUCAACGUGCUCAACAUCGGCGACAAGAAAGGUGGUGCCGGGAAAGCGGAGAAGAAGCAGAAAGACGGCGAGACAGUCGUCUACGCCGAGGGCGCGCACGGGUCCGGUGAAGCGGUGCGGAAAGCGCAGAAUAUCCCCGCUGCGCCGGCCCAGCGCCAGAAGUUCUUCCUCAACGAGGCGCAUCGCAAGGCGUUUACGUUCGAGGCUGGGCGCGAGUACCAGUGCGACUUCUUCAACCCGUACCUCGACUUCAACGAGUUCAGCCUCAAGAUCGGGUACGGACUGCCUGCUAUUUCCAUCAUCGGGAGCUGGGACGGUCAGCCACUGAGAACGCACCACCUCAGAUAUGUGCUGAAGAAUCGCGAGACGGAUCAGGAGCUUUUUGUUGUUAAGAUUGAACUGCUUCCCACUGAGCAGGCGAAGAAGGAUCAUGGUAUUGCGACGCCUGAGGCGACGUUUGAGAAGGUGCAUGGUGGGGGGACGAAGGCGGUGGAUGAUGGGGAUUUGGAUUAG